UAAGAUGAAGAUCAUCUUUCAAAAUCCUUCAACAAUGGCCUCUUGUUGCUUUCCUGACAUCCUCUGCUGGUUCCAAAACCUCCCCUCCAUCUCUCAAUGGAAGUCCAAGUCCUUGUCCUUGUUCAUAUGCUCUUCCUCAUCUUCCUCCCAAUCCCCAUCUCUCAACCUGUCCGUCACCCGAGCCGACCCGGUCCUUCAGUCGUCAUCCCCGACCAUUGUGUUCUCAAUCAACGUGGAGUUCAGCCUGAUCCCAGUGGCUCUCUGGACCUCGAAACACUACAAAACUGACUCGAGGUCAUCAAAGUUACUCGGCGAGGAGACCUUUCCCAGCCUCUCUGUCAACUUCGUCGAAGAUGUGCUCCACUACAACGGUAACCCAUGCCGUACUGGCAAUUCCUACGGCCUCAGGGUCCCGAAACCCGAACUUGAUUCCAACUUUAAGGAGAUCUUCAACCUCGCAUUCCUCACCCUUGUGCUCCUCGUCUGCAUCUACGAGGCUCCAAUGGAUCUUCGAUCAUCAUGCCUCAAUAGCCUCAAGAACCACUUGGCCAACUGCAGGUCGAGAAAUGCCACCAAGGUUCUCAUGAAAUUGUUAGGGUCUAAUUUGGAAGAGCAGUGGAUGCGGUCCAUCAACCUAGCGAUAACAAAUUGGAUUCUUGAGAUCCAAGCGAGUAAUCACACCAUUAGAACUCCAUCCUCGUUGUUCUCUUACUCUCUUUCGACUUUUGGGCUGUGGAAAGUUCACCUCUACUGCCCGGUGAUCGCCAUGGACACUGUGAAUUCGACCCACUCUCCGCCGGAUGAACGGCUUCUUUUCUCCCUAAACUACCACCAGCUCGAAGGGGUGAUCCAAUUCAACUAUAGAGUCCUAAAACAACAGAACUGGCUUGACGUAGUUGUGAACACUGAUAACAUCAGAUGCGACAUUACUCAGCUCGUAACCAAGGCGCUCAUGGAAGAAAAGGGAGAAGGAGCGGCCGAGAAGCACUUUCCUUCUCGAAUCUCCUUGCAACUAACUCCACUCGUCCAAACCAAUAUCCUCAGUGUCUCGGUGGGCAAAUCUUCCGAAAACCCAGCAAGAGAGUUUGAGUAUGAGAAAGCCAUCGAGGCCGGCUUCGAACCCCCGAACUCCUACCUGGGGAUCAAGGUUUCAGCUGGAGAGACCACGACGGUGAGCCUCAAGCCAUGGAAGUUUGAGGAGUCGGUGCACGGAUACAGUGCAAACUUCAACUGGUUUCUCCAUGAUAGCAUGGACGGGAGAGAGGUAUUCUCCUCCAAGCCCUCGAGGUUCGCACUGUUGAACCCUAAGGCAUGGUUCAGGGACAGGUACUCAAGCGCCUAUCGGCCGUUCACGAGGCAGGGAGGGGUGAUCUUUGCUGGAGACGAGUACGGCAAUGGAGUGAGGUGGAAGGUGGACAAAGGUGCCAUAGGAAGGACAAUGGAGUGGGAGAUUAGAGGGUGGAUUUGGCUAACUUACUGGCCUAAUAAGCACAAGACAUUCUAUAGUGAGACUAGGAGGCUGGAGUUUAGGGAAGUCCUCAAUCUUACCAUUGCUUAAUUAGCUCAGACUCGAAACCCAAACGUGAGCCGUCACUCAUAACAUGAACUCAAUUUGGGAUGUUUAAUCCAAGGCGAAGCGAACUGAUAAAAAAUCACGAGGAUAUAUGUAUAGAUAUAAAUAAGGUUUGUAUUUGCUUUAAUUUUGUUUGUAUUUAUGGUUAGAACUAUUUCCAUUUUCAUAUGGCUAA